AGUAAAUUGCAUAAUCGUGCAUGAAUAGGUAUUUUGCAGAACGUGUAAAGCACAUGUGGAAGACAUCAAAAAGUUGUAAAUUAUUACAUCAGAAAAUGAUGCAAUAAAAAAAUGAGUCCAACUGAUGAAAGAAUUCUGCGAGAUGCUGUCAAAAAUGCUCGUUCCACAUUCUAUAACAAUAAAGGUGUUAAGAGAAAAUCUCGCAAGGAAUUACGAAAAAGUAAAAGAGAUGGAAAAAAGAAGCUUCUUCACUUAAGCAAGUUUAAAAAUAAAAAUAGCCAAGUUUUAGAUAUCCCAGAAGUUCAAAAUGCUAUAAAGAAAAGGAAAAAGAAAAAAAAAGUAAGAUUGAAAAAGAAGCUAGAAGAAACAUCAGAUAAAAAUCAAGAAGUUGAUUCAACUAGAGAAGCUUAUAUUGCCUCUAAUAAAGAAGAUGAGCGAAUUAUUGCGUCACUUGGUAAAAAGCUUAAAGUGAAAGCACAGCCAAACUUGAAAUCACUUUUUCAAGAUGAUGGGUUGGAUUAUAUUCUUGAGGUUGCUGAACCUUUAACUGGUAUAACUGAUGCUCAUAGCUCAGAUGAAGAAUAUAUUGCAAUGAAAAAUACUACUCAGUCAAAAAAGAAAUCUACUAAUGAACAUAAAGUACUUGCUGCUAAAGAAAGAAACGAAAGGCUUUUAUUUGGAGAAACCUACAUGGAAAGCAGUGAAGAUGAUUUUGAAAACCUAGAAGAUGAUUCAGAUUUUGAAGCAGAAGAUAUGGACACAGAAAUGCAAACAGAAACAAUAAAAGAGAAUCUACCUAAAUUGAAUUCUAAAAAUCAACAAGACAGAGAUCAGUUAAGUAAUAAAUAUAUUCCACCUGCGCUAAGAAAUCAAGAAGAUUCUGGAGAAGAUUUUAAGAGAGAAAGAUUAAAGAAACAAAUGAAAGGUUUUUUAAACAGAUUAAGUGCAGCUUCUUUACUUAAAAUCAGUUCAGAUAUCGAGGUUUUAUACUCAAAGAACAGCAGAAAUACAAUGAAUGAAAUUUUGUAUGAAUUAAUAUUUGACGCAUGUGUGACACCUGUUCAAAUGCCAGAAAAACUUAUACUUGAGUAUAUGUCUGUAGUGGUUGCUGUUCAAAGCUUAACAAAUAAUGAAAUUACUCCAUACUUUUUGGAAAUGCUUUGCAUAAAGUUUGUUGAAAUGCACAAAAAUUUAAAUUCUGAGAAAAAAGAAUGCAAUAAUAUACUUUUCAUGUUAUCUUCUUUGUAUAAUCUAAAGGUUGUGGAUAGUCUACUGAUAUUUGAUAUUAUUCGUUUCCUUAUAAAAACAUUCACAGAACAUGAUAUUGAAAUGAUUCUAUUGUUAUUGAAAGCAUGUGGAGCCGAUAUUAGGCGAGAUGACCCAUCAUCCCUCAAGGAGAUAAUCCUUGAAGUUCAAUCAAAGGCUGCAUCAUCUGAAAUAAAAGAUUCAUCUCGUGUAAAAUUUAUGCUUGACAUUAUCAAUGCUUUGAAAAACAAUAACAUGAAAAAAAUUCCAAUGUAUGAUCCUUCCCUUUUUGAAGACAUGAGGAAAUUACUGAAAUCUUUAAGUAAAGGUCGUGCAGAGCAACAUUGCUGUUUAAAAGUUCCACUUGAGGAUUUACUUAAUGCUAAAGAAAAAGGAAAGUGGUGGAUUGUGGGCUCUGCAUGGACAGGAAGAGGUCCUACUGAUAAUCCUAAUAAUAAUAAUCAAAUAACUACUGUAGAAGCUACAGUAAGUUCAAAAUUACUAGAUGUUGCUAAGAAGCAGAGGAUGAAUACUGAUUUAAGGCGAAAGAUUUUUUGUGUUAUUAUGAGCAGCGAGGAUUAUGUUGACGCUUUUGAGAAACUACUAAAGUUAGGUUUAAAAGAAAAGCAAUCUAGAGAAAUAAUUCAUGUACUGCUUGACUGCUGUUUGCAGAGCAAAGUAUACAAUCCAUUUUUUGCCCAUCUUGCAGAUAAACUGUGUCAAUUUUCUCACAGUCAUCAGGUAACCCUACAGUAUUCAAUAUGGGAUCGAUUUAAAGUUAUUCCAUCCUUACCUAAACAAAAUCUAAGCAACCUUGUUCAGCUGUUGGCUCAUCUCCUUGCAUCAAAAUCAUUAUCGUUAGCUGUACUGAAGGUUGUGAACUUUGGUACAUUAGAUAAAUAUUCUAUAUCAUUUUUUAUUGAUCUCUUUAAAAAUAUUCUACUGAGAUAUCCUGAAAACGUCUCAAAGUUUAUAUUUCAACGAGUAGCGAACAACGAAAAACUAUCCUUGUUACGAGAAGGUUUAAAGGUGUUCUUAAGACAUUUUCUCGUAUCUUCUGAAUCGGAACAGCUUAACAUUAGCUCCACUAACAAAAUGUUAGAUUUAAUAGAAAUUUGCGAGGCAGCUUUAGACGGUCGCGAAGUUGAGCACCUAUAAGUCAAAAUAAUGUUGCCAUUCUUUUUCUUCCAUUCGGUUCCUCUAAAUACUUGAAAUUAAAACAUAAAUUAUUACAUAUAGAAUAUUAGUUUGCUCAGUUAUCAAAAGUUUUUGUUCACUCGA